UGGAAAGGAAAUAGAUGGACGGGCACAGGAACUCACAAGCAUGCCUUUCUCUCUGAAUUUCUGUUUGAGGGUUUCCACGGUUUUUGUCGGCGCGCGGUGGACUAAGCGGUGUUUGUUUCUUGCGCGCAUAUCCCCAUAUUAUCAAAGAAAAAUGAUGCAUUACCAGACAGAAGAAAGAGGAAAACGGAAUACCACUGAUUACAGGAUUUAUUUUAAAUCAUCAGAUGGGAAAUGCAUCUCACCCUUCCAUGACAUUCCACUCUUUGCAGAAAGUGAACAGGAAAAUGAUGUGCCACUGAAGAAAGUUAGGAAGAAUGAAAAUGAGGUCCUGCUUAAUAUGGUGGUGGAGGUGCCUCGCUGGUCAAAUGCGAAAAUGGAGAUUGCAACUAAAGAACCUCUGAAUCCAAUCAAACAAGAUGUCAAGAAGGGCAAGCUGCGAUAUGUUGCGAAUGUGUUUCCCCAUAAAGGAUAUAUUUGGAACUAUGGGGCAUUUCCGCAGACGUGGGAGGACCCGAAACACACGGACAAAGACACGUGCUGUUGCGGAGACAACGACCCCAUUGACGUGUGCGACAUCGGAUCAAAGGUGUGUUCAGCGGGACAGGUAAUCCAGGUGAAGGUCCUUGGCAUCCUGGCCUUGAUUGACGAGGGAGAAACUGAUUGGAAGGUCAUCGCCAUCAAUGCUGAGGACCCGGAUGCACCAGCCUUAAACAGCAUUGAGGAUGUGCGAAAGAAGAGACCUGGCCAUUUGGAAGCUACAGUGGACUGGUUUAAAAAGUACAAGAUCCCAGACGGAAAGCCAGAAAACAAGUUUGCAUUCAACGGACAGUUCAAAGACAAGGAUUUUGCAUGGGAGGUCAUAAAGUCCACUCACCAACACUGGAGGGCGUUGGUGCUCAAACAGAAUAAUGGAGGAGAGAUAGACUGUAAAAACCUGUCCGUCUGUGAGAGCCCUUUCAAAUGCAGCGAGGAGGAGACCAGUGCUGUGGUGGAAUCGGCCCCUGUAUGUGGAAAAGCUGACUCGCUACCUGAUGACGUGGAUAAGUGGUUCUUCCUUUAAAAGUCAUCCCAGAACCUUUCCUGCCAAUGGUUUUCUAGAACCAAAGACUGCUACUUGGAAAAUCAAAUAAUGAAGCACUUGAAGAAAACAAUGAAGAGGCUUGAGUUGUAAAGUACAAUAUUUCCUCUAUGCCUUUUUAGUUACUUGGCUCAAAUGUACUUUUAACCUGUUUUAUUUGAAAUGCACUCUGAAGCUUUCAGCUGUUAAAACAAAAUCAGAGACUUUUUUCUUUUUUUAAAUAUCAACUUCUUUGCUCAGAUUCUGGAUUUAGUAGCUAGAUUUUGUAAAUCUGAAUUUAUCCUUUGUUAUGAAACUAAUUAUAAUAAGCAGUUCCAAGGGUAAUUCAACACUGAUCUGAAUAAUAGAGAAUUUCUGAAGUUUUCACAUCAAAUGACAACAGGAUGUAAGGACUAAUGUAUUGCUGAACUGCAUAAUUUAGUUAAUGUGCCAUGUGCCAAUAUAAUUUACACUUUUGCAGUACUCAAAAUCCUGGUCAAGAAUGUUAUUUCUGAAGAAUAAAACCUAAUUAAAAGCCUUUUUGUUUUGUAGCCAAAUGGUGUUUAUAAUUACAGUAUUUUUUAUUGUGAGCAUUACAUUGAUAAAUAAAUAAACUACUAUAAAAUGCACUUUUGAAAUUAUACUGGGAUGCAUAAAUUGAUGGUGCAUUAUUAUAUGUGCAAGAGUAAAAUAGUUUAAUGAAAUGUAUGAGCUAGCUGGAUGGAAAUAUAAAGCGUUUUGAUUGAAUAUGAUUAAGAUGUAAUAUAGCUAGAUGCUUAAUGGACUGAGUGGAAGGGUUUUUCAUUUUUCAUGUUUUCUUAUUGCUGCCUUAUUUCGUGUUGUGGGAUAUUCCUUUCAUCUCUGUUAGAACAUAGUACUCUUCCCUAAAGUGAUAUGUUUUGUAAGAUGUUUCUUCAGGUCAUUUACAUGGAUAUCGGGCAAUCCAACUUUAUUUUCAUAAUUUCUUACGGUGGCAAUGAUUACGAAAGGCAAUGGAAACCUAAGGACCAUUUUACCUUUUGUUUUUCUGUCUGCCCUUUAGCUAACCAUGUUAACACUGUUUGGAAUAAAAUAAAAGCAUUGACCUGCC